AUGCAGAAUCGGAGGAGAGAAGGAGACAGCUUACCAGUGGUUUUGGACAGAGCGGUCUCCACGAACAUCCAAUUGCAGGUGUUUCUGUACUUCGGCGCUUGGUUUGACCUCUUGUUCGCCUUGCUUCAGGUAAUUGCUGGGUGGGCGAAGUAUCGAUGGAUUCGAGGAACCGUUGUCGUUGCAAUUCUCUGCACCAACUUCCUGCUGUGCUUUGUUCUGGAGCCUUGCCGCCUGUACUUGGGAUAUGCCGGGAAUCUGGGAGAGAAGGUGCCGGAGCUGUUUCUGUUCGUAUUCCUUUGCACCGGAUGCGUUGCUAUUUUGCUCACGGAGCUUGUCCUCUGUGAAAUGCUGGCCUCGCUUCAGCCAGCGAACUGUAGCAUCGCUCCAGAGUUACCUUGCAUUCUUCCAAUGGAGCAGGCGUGCUGGAUUGUGCAGCUUGUUCUUAUGAUUUGCGAGCUCACCCUCGGCAUUCGAACUUUGCGCAGGCUGAUCCACGACCAAUCGGCUCGAUUCUUUGUUGCCUUGGACUCACCAGAAGGCCAGUCGCUUGAUGACCUGAGCAGGCUCGGAACCUUGCCAUCCCGAGGACAUCAGAAGGCUAGCUGUAUCUAG